CUUCCCCUCAGUGCAACGAGAGCCUCCGCUCCGACAACAAGCCCACCGCCUCUCCGCCUCCCCUGCACUCUACGGGAACUCCCCGCGUUGCACUACGAGCGUCGUCGUCCCUGAGUCUCUGCUGCCUCUCCUUCUCUCCGUGUGGACGUGGAGCUCCUGAAGAAGCGUCAUGAGGGUUUCUCUGCUGUUGAUCUUCGCUCUCGCGGCUCUCGUGGCGGCCGCUGAGUCGAAAAAAUGCAAGGGCGAGUGCGUGUCCGCCGGCUCGUGUGAAGGGACGGAGACGAAGGGCGCGUGCGAAGACUCCCAGGUCUGCUGCGUGACCGAAAAGAAUGUUGUUGUCAAAAGGAACUGCAGCCCCACCAGCAGCUGCAGCGCAGUCAAUGGUGAAUGCAGGAAGAUGAAAUGCCUUACCGGAGAAAAGAGGUUCAAGAACAAAAAGACGAAGAUCUACUGUGAGGGCAAGAGGAAGUGCGUUUGCUGUGCCAGACGCUGCGAGAACAAGUCGGCGUGCAACCUUAACGGCGGGUAUUGCCAGCCCAUAGAUCUUCCUUGCGACGGCACCCUGAUGACGGAGAAGGCCUACUGCGUGAGUAACAAGAAUGUGAAAGGGAAUAAACAAUGCGGCUGCUGCAUUCCAACUGGUAAGUCAUGUUCUGGAAGGGUUCAAGUAGUAGCGACCUUUAGAGGAUGGUGGGGGGGGGGGGGGGGCAAGGACUUGCUUUCCCUACAGAAAAAGUGGAGCAUUACAUAGUCCAGGUAAUGGGAACCAUUAAAGAUGAUAAAGAUUGUUAUAAAACCAAUGUGAAGAGAAUAGGGGGAUGUACUUAGUACAGUGUUAUGUCUUAUUUACAAUACUGAUAUUUUUAGCGAGUAGAGUAGAGAAAAUAUUUUUAGGCAAAGAACUAGAAUUCUCCCAUAACUAGCUGGCAUUUAGAUAAGUUAAUGUGAUCACUAACGUUGAAAGCCAGAGGAAUAAGCUCAGUUCAUGCUGCACACAUCAUCUAACAACGAUAUAUACUUUAUUUUCACAGAUACAGACUUUCGUGUUGGUGAAUGGAAAUGUGUUGUAAGUCGAUUUCUUAGAAAUGUCAUUCAUCGUAAUUUUCGUCCUAUCGUUUUAUUUUCGAUUUAUUCACCUGUCUCGCGAGUCUCGUCCCGAAUGAGUCUGUUCCGGCGCGUUGGCAAGGCACCGAACGGAGAUUUCAGAGCAUGGCGCUAUUUCAUCCUCGACAUUCCGCGAGCCGCGAGGCCCGUUCCCGAGGCAGUGGCGAGAAGAGCCUAGAGAUUAGCAUUAGCGCAUGGCGGCAAUUUCGAUUCGUACAGCGUCCUCUUGACCCUUUUUCUUUCCCCUUUUCGAUGUGUGCUUUGGAGUUUGUGUGUUUCUUUGCUUUUGCUCUUGUCGGAUCCCGAUUCCAUGCAAGGGAAACUUUCACCUCCUCCUUAUCUUCUGACUUCCUGCAUUUUCCUAAGCAAAAAAAAAGAAAAGAGUAAUUCUGCCUUUUUGAGUCUGUCCACACUGCCUUUUUCAGAUUUAUAUAAAAGCAAAUACAAUGCACUAAUACUAAUAUUUAUUUCUAGUGAAGUGACCAUAUGCUUCGGAAGAGAGAGGAGUGAACAAUGAAGAAGCGUCAAAAAAAUUCAUUUCUGUCAUGUCAUUCACUCUUUUAUCAUUCAUUUCACUGAUAAACGGAAUGACGAUGACGUGGGUUAUAUACCUGCUCCAGAAAUAAAUCAAACAAAGAAAGAGAGAAAGAAUGAAAUAGCUCUUUGGCAUUUCUUUACUGAUCCAUGAGUACCUGUCUUGCUGUGAUGAACCUUAUAUCAAGUAGUCUUUAAAGUGAAUCAGACACGAUGAGUACAUAAUUUACCCUUUCCUACCUGUAGUGAUGUUGAUAUCGGACAGUUGUUGAAUAACGAAUAUCUAAUAACCUUGCUCUAAUAAAUUUCCAGCUGAUAACAAGAUCUUAAAAUCUUAUGAAUCGCCGAAAUAUUACCGUUAUGAUAUACCCAAUUCUAAAUAAGUCAGUAAACACUCUUUUCAAAUAACAGACGUUGGCCUACCGAAAUAAAAAUUAAUUUCCGGUGAUAAAACUUCGAGUGAGCAAAACGUCAUUGUCCUUCUCACCACUUCCUUCUUUAACAUAACAUCCAUCUCUUAUUAUCAUUCAUAUUUUCAUAAUCGUGAACAAGUUAAAAUAAAUAAAAGAGGAAAUUGAA